UUACACUUCGUAUUAUCUUAAAAUGCACGCCUUUGUUUUGCCGCUUGCAGUGAUACUUUCAAGAGUCGUUCAGCAACACUCGAAUUAUUUAGUGGAGUGUCAACUAUAAGUAAAUACAUUUUGCGUCUGAGUGUAUAUAAAAAAAAAAAGAUUGUACACAGAACUAUGUCUCUGAUCAAGAGAAUUUCUUAUGGCGAAGAAAAGAAAAAAAAUCCCGAAUUAAAAGAUUCCGAUAUACAAAUUCUAAAGGAUUGGAGCAUGAAACAGGCACAUCUUCCGAAAAUUUUAGACGUUGAAUAUGUAUUAUUCUUGCAUAGUAAUUACUAUCGUAUCGAGUUUGCUAAGAACACCAUCGAAGAAUAUUACACUUCCAGAACUCACAUGCCAGAAUUUUUCUCUGAUAGGGACCCACUUGGAACAAAACAAUUGCGGGAGAUAUUUAAAGUUGUGUCUACAAUAACACUAUCAAUGCCAACAAAGGAAGGAUACAAACUUAUUUAUUCGAGAUUAAUAGAUUAUGAGCCAUCACAUUUUGUUUAUAACGAUGUCAUGAAGUAUUUUUCUAUGAUGAUUGACUUGUGGUUGUACACCGAAGGGACCGCUGAGGGCCACGUAAUUGUUAUAGACAUGGCUGGUGUUACUUUUGCUCAUGCUGGCCGUCUUAAUCCCUUGGGAAUUAAGAGAUAUCUUUAUUAUUUACAAGAAGCUAUACCAAUUAGACUUAAAGGUCUCCAUUUUAUCAACACUACCGCAGUUAUGGACAUCAUUUUAUCUAUGAUGAAACCAUUUAUGAAAAAGGAAUUAAUGGAAGUGUUACAUAUUCAUCCCACGAAAGACACACUAGUAAAAUUUAUGCCACUAGAAGCAUUUCCAUGCGAUGUAGGUUUAAAUGGAAAAGCUAGACCGUGGAAAGAACAACAAGAAGAACAAUUAAAAAAGUUGGAAGAUCAUCGCGAAUGGUUUCUACAAGAUGAGGUCACGGGUCGUGUAAACGAAGCAUUAAGAGUCGGCAAAAGCAAGACAAUUGAUAUGUUUGGGGUUGAAGGAAGUUUCAAAAAAUUAGAUAUAGAUUAACUUGUUUAAUUUACAUGGACGAAGUAUAAAAUAUAUUUAGAAUAUAAUUCUUCUUUAUAUAUG